AUUAGAAAUCAAUCAAGUGAAAGGAAAUAUGUGUGUGUGGUGUUAAGGUAAAUUAUGAGAGAAUGUUAUGGAUGUAAUGUGGCCAAGGGUAUGCUUUCCACACAGAAAUCUUCUCAUAUUGUAUCAAAACCAAAAAAAAGAAAAAAGCAAAAAGGAGGUCUCUGUUAAACUUUGGGGCAAAGGUGUGAUUACAAUAUGGUGAAGAAAAGUGAAUGGAUGGUGACUAACAAAAGCAAAAUCAUUACAAACCAGGUCAUCGAGUUUUGUUAACAUAUUUAUCAACCAUUAUGAACAAGAUGCUUUUCUAAUAUAUCUACAUAUGUACAUAUUUAUAUAUAUAAUCUGUUUAAAUUUUCAACAAUAGUAUAUGAAGGACACUAUCAGUAAUUCCAUUUUAUAAAUGAUAAAACUUAAACACAGUGAAAGCAGCAGUCUUUGGAGGAUAUGAUUAAUGUUUUAAACCUAUCUUAUCUGAACAGAUUGAAAACAUAAAACAAUUGUGAUUAUGUUGUCAACCAUAUUCAUGUUGGACCCAACAUAUCUUAGCACUCUACACAAAUUUCUCAUCGAAACACUGUCUGUGUUAUACACAACAGGAGGUAAUGAGUAUAAAUUUUAGACAGAAAGUUAUUUGGGAAAUAGAGGGGAAGGAAUGAUUGAGAAUGAGUUUGUUUAAAGAAUAAAAGAUAAAUUUAAAAAAUAAUAAUAAUGAUCAAAUUCAAAAUCUUAAACAAUGGAUACAGGAAGCUAUUUUGUGAGCCAAAAACUAUUUGUAACCAAAUUACAAGGAAAGACACUAAAGUCGUCAAAAAGUUUAAGAUUUAAUUCAGGAUUCAGCUUCAGUGAGCACUCCAAUAUAAUUGUACGAGUAUUCCCAAUCCAAUGAGCAGAUAAAAAUAAAAUAUAAAUUGAGCAUAACAGCAUUGAAGAAGAAGACCUUAUAAUGUGUUGCAGUGUCAUAGGGAUAAAGUGAUCUGAUUUUGAAAAAAUAUCCCUUGAGAUUAAAAAAAUAUACAACUGCAGAACCUAGGCUCCCAAAACCCAGUGUCGUCAGUAUAAAAACAAUAUUACAGUAGUAGCCUAGGAAAGAACCUAGGCUACUAUUGUAAUAUUGUUUAUAACCAAACUUAAUAAAAUAUUAGUGUGAGAUGGCUUGCAGCAUUUGUUGAGCUCUAAAUUAUUGCUAUGUGAUGUUAACAUCACUCUUCUCAUAUAUUUCUGAAUUACAGAUUGAGUAUAAUAAGUCAACAAUGAGAAACCACACAGUAACCAAUUUUAUCCUGCUGGGACUGAGCAAUGACCCACAACUGAAGGUUGUGAUUUUUAUCUUUCUAUUUCUCACCUAUAUAUUGAGUGUAACUGGGAACCUGACAAUCAUCUCCCUCACCUUCAUUGACUCUCGCCUUAAAACUGCCAUGUACUUUUUCCUACAAAAUUUCUCCUUCUUGGAAAUCUCAUUUACAUCUGCUUGUAUUCCCAGUUACCUCUACAACAUAUCGACAGGUGACAGGACAAUCACAUAUGACAAUUGUGCCAUUCAAAUUUUUUUUAUUGACCUCUUUGCUGUUACAGAAUUUUUUCUUCUUGCCACCAUGUCCUAUGACAGAUACAUAGCCAUCUGCAAACCCCUACAUUAUGUGACCAUCAUGAACAACAAGGUCUGUAGAAGACUCAUUCUGUGUUGCUGGACAGCUGGCUUGUUAAUCAUACUCCCACCGCUAAGCCUGGGCCUAAGUCUGGAAUUCUGUGACUCUAAUGUCAUCGAUCAUUUUGCCUGUGAUGCAUCCCCUCUCCUAAAGAUCUCAUGCUCAGAAACAUGGCUCAUAGAGCAGGUGGUCAUGGUUUGUGCUGUGCUGACCUUUAUCACGACCCUUGUAUGUGUUGUCCUGUCUUAUGUUUACAUCAUCAAGACUAUUCUUCGAUUCUCUUCUGCCCAGCAAAGGAAAAAGGCAUUUUCUACCUGCUCUUCCCACAUGACUGUGGUUUCCAUCACCUAUGGCAGCUGCAUUUUCAUCUAUAUCAAACCUUCACCAAAAGAAUCAGUGUCCAUUAAUAAGGGUGUGACAGUACUCACGUCUUCCAUCUCCCCCAUGCUGAAUCCCUUCAUUUACACCCUGAGGAACAAGCAAGUAAAACAAGCUUUCAAUGACUCAAUCAAAAGGAUUGCGUUGCUUUUAAAGAAGUUAAGAAAUUCACAAACGGAAAGCAAUUAACUUUUUAUAAAAAUACCAGAAGUCCCUAUAUUGUAUCUUUAACCAUUUGUUCUUUUCCUUUCUAGUAAAGGAGAUUUAUCAGGAUAGCAUUUGUCAAUAAGAGAACAUAUCACAUUUCCAGAUAACUGAAUACAUGUCUUCACAGCACACUGAGCCUUAAUAAACCUGCAAACAAAACAAAAUCAUUCAGUUCAU